GGAGCUGGCCCCCGCCGCCGCGGUCGGCGACGGCCUGCCGCGCCCCCGCGACCACCACGGCGCCUGCUUCGUGGGCGGGCGCCUCUUCAUCUUCGGCGGCCGCGCCAGCGAGGUGGCCGUCGCCAGCUCAGUCCUCAACGACCUGUGGAGCUACUCGCUGAGCGAGGGCAGGUGGUCGAGGCACCACGCCGGGGCGAAGCCCGCGCCGAUCCCCCGCUUCAUGCCCGGCAUCACCGGCGUGCAGCCCGGCAACAGGAUCUUCCCGCACGGCGCGGUGGUCGUCUUCGCGGGCGAGCACUUGCCCGGCACCACGAAGCGCACCUCGCUGAACGGCGUGUGGGCGUACGACCUGGCGAACGGCCGCUGGGACGACUUGUCCAGCUCCGACUGCAGCCCCGGGGCGACGGGGGUUCUGGGCGCAUCGGAGGCGCCCAGCGGCGGCCUCGCUGGCGGCGGCCUCGGCGCCGCCGCCGCCUUCGCGGCGUGCGUCGCUGCGGUGGCGGCGCUGGUGUGGCUCCUGGUGGCCAGGAGGCCGUGGGGGGCGGCUGCGGCGCGCGCGCCCAGCGGCGGGGCCGCGGCGGUGGGAUACGUGCGCUUGGAGGAGCAGUGA